AUGCUGAACAUUUUGGCCUAUGCUGGUUGUAUUCUUCAAUUUCAAAUAAAUGACGCUGGUUAUCUUCAAAUAAACAUCUUUAACUACGAUUCAGCGUCUGAAAGGUUUACGAACAGCACCGAGAAACCGUUAAUACCAUCGAUAACAAUGAAAUCAUCGAAAUGUACGGUUGUCGGCUCAUGUUUAAUUGAUAAAGGUCUUCUCGUUCUUUUACAACUCGUCAUUUCGAAUAGUUCAGCAUUAGUCUGUCUUCAAUUCCAAUCACGUCCAUGGUUAUGUCAGAUAGUUUAUACUCUUUCGCUUCAUGGUUCAGCGAAAUUUCUUGCAACGAACUCGUACAUGACCAUCUUUAUUGAUGAUGAGAAAUGUCCAAACGGAUUUUAUCUAAUCGACAAUCAGAAAUGCAAAGGGCAAAAGAAGAUUGAAUUUAUUACAUGUUCAUUAUUAACGUACCUAUAUUGUUAUUUACAAAAUCAUUACUAUUGGUUAAUGGGCUAUGAAAUUGAUUCGAAUACCAAUGAAAAAACUGUAAAAAUUUACUACGGAAAUUCACUUUCAUCAGCAACUCCGCUCGUUCCUUUUCAUACGGAUAAAUUCAUUCCUAUUUCGCAUGUUGAUAAUAUUAUUGAUCUGUACAUUAUCAAACAUAACCUUCAAUUAAAAACUCGUUCAAUCGUUGGCGAUCUUAUUCUAAUCAGUAAAGAUUAUCGGAUAUUAUCUUGUCAUAAAGGAAAUAUAGUUCAAGAAAUUCAACGAGAUACACCGAUUAGCUCAAUGUUAUCGUAUCAAACAAUCGAAAAUGAACAAUUAUUUCUCUUUCGAAAUCAAGAUCUCCGAUCCAUUGAGAUUUAUCAGUAUGAUAAAGAUUUGAAUUUCAUUUCAUUUAGCCCGCCGCAUGAAACAGCUGAUUAUCUUCUCAUUGAUGAUUUUACGCAAAUCGGAUGGAAACAAGUUUUAUUUCUAAAGAAUAAUCACAAUUUCAAUGAUUUUAUCCUCACAGAUUUCUCUCAAGUUCACGUUUUCCAACAAGAAUCCGACUACGACUAUCAUAUUGAUGAAAAAUACCUUUCAAUGGACAUCGACGACUCCGACAUGCAGCACAGUCUCGCUAUCGCACAAGAUAUUCUUCGAAAGAAGAUCAUUAAUGCAGAUUAUAUCGUUAAUGAAGGCUAUUUUCAAUGUAAACAAAUCGAAAACAAUAUUCGAAAGCUGAACCAAGAGGCUCGUCAAAUCUCUUCGGAUAGUUUGAUUUCCAGUUCAAAUGUUCAAUUAACGGAAAUCAAUUGGUUCAUCUAUCGAAAGCAGAUUUUCUUCUAUGUAACAAUCAAAAACAACAACAGUGAUGUAUUAGCAUCUGUCAACUUAUUCAGUAUUGAGAAGCAUUCGAAUAAAAUGAAAAUAUUUGAUUUAAAACCUACCUUACAAAUUUUAUCUGAUGAAAAAGUAAUCUUUUCUCUAAAUCCGAAUUCAUCGUUAACGUUCAUUCUGUCAACAUCAAUCGAACUGGAUAAAGACAUUGAUAUUGAUCUAUAUUUAUUCAUUGGUGAUACACAAAAAUUGUAUCGUGUUGGUGCAAUAUUCGUUUCAUUAGAUGACUUAAUAAAUCCAAAUAAUGAGCGAAUAUUAAACAUGAAUGCAUUAGAAAUGGAACCAACUUAUCAUUUAAAGUAUCGCCAAGCUUUCAUCUACUUCAGCACAUUAUCUUCAUUGAGUAUUACUAUUCAGAGCACAUCGAAAUUUCAACUUAUCGAGCAUUUUCAACAAUUAUUGACUACCAUUGGUUUCAAACAGAUUCUGACUCUGUCAAAUAUGUACGUACGAGUCAGUCAAGGCAAUAUUUUCGAACAUGUUCUCAUUCAAUUUGUCGACGAAGAUGAUUUAUUCGUACAUUUUUAUGCCCAAACUUUGGACGAAGUGAAAUUGUUUGUCAAGUACAUUCUCUCGAAACUUGACUUUCAAUCAUUCUCUUUACUGAACACGAAUUCUUCUCAUUCGAAUCAAUCGAUAACAACUCGUCUGCAACUUGAAUUAACAUCAUAUCUUGAUCUGUUCAAGCAAAUUCCAACUAUCAUGCGUAAAACAGUUCCAACGGCCAAAUCCGAAGCAUACCGCCUGUUCAAACUCGACACCUUUCUCUCGUUUCAGAAUGAACUUCAUCUAACUGAUUUAUUAUUAGCGUCAUUAAUUAUUCAUUAA